UUUUGUCAAUCUAUUUGACAUGUUAUGUUUAUUUACAAGAAAAAGCAAUUCGUAAAUUCAUGCAAGAAUAUCUUUCGCAAUAAUGUUGAACAAAUUAAAUUUUUUCGUACUUGCCUGAGAAUUUAUGAAAUCAUUAACUACCAUGAUAAAAUGACAAAGGCUCCUGCAUUCUGUAAUCAGUAGUUACAUAUUUUGGGGGGCUGAUAAAGGUAUAGGUACUCUAUAAUUGUUAGUCAUGUCCAGAAAAUGGCAUGAGACUGAAAUGAGUACUUAAUUCCAUAAUUACUUGUAUAAGUGGUCUCUCCUGCCUUCUGAUAAAGCUUCUAAUUACCUGUAUAAAAAGUAAAGUAACAAAGACAGCCUGUAAUCAGUAAAAUUCUAGCACCCCAUUCAUCAUGGUGUAAUAUAUUUAUAAAUAAUAAAUAAAUAGAUUCCUUUUAUGGAUUGGGCCAGCAUGUCGGGGGGGCACAGCUCUAGUGAUUCCACAGGGCAGUGCCCUCAGCUCUUGACCGCUGAGUACAAAGAUGGUCAGUUGCAGAUAGUAGAAGUGAUACCAUUUGACAAGGAUCGUGUCGACAAUCACAUACUAACAGAUCUCAACUGCGACAGCAGCAACGACCAGCCCAAGUACAUGCAGGUACUGGACAGCAGUAAGGGGCUCGUGCAGUUGGACCUGCUCAACCUCACUUUGGUUAGUAGAUGUCAGGAUGGCGAGGAGUCUUAUCAGCUGGUAGCCAACGCGGAGGCGUCCGACGGCGGCGACGUGAACUCCGACAGCACUGUCACGUGUGUACUGCAGUCCAGCGACAAUGAGGGGGAUACGGACAAUGACAACCAGGACUCAUACGUAGUGGUGGAUACAGAGAAUGGACAGGGUCCACUUGUGUUCCUCAAGUCCACUCUGGGCAAGGCGAAGACGCAAGGCAGCGAGGAGGUUAUUACGGUGCAGAAAAAAAUGCCCUCACCUGCCGAGCUACUAGAAAAGGCAAAGGCCCUGCAGAGAGCGAAGGCGCUGAUGUCGGAGGCGCAGGCCCCGGCGCGGCGGCGCGGGCGCAAGCGCAAGAGCGAUCUGCCGCCGCCGCACGAGCUGCUCGCCUCGCCCAACUUCAAGCUCUACCUCUACUCAUGCAAGUUAUGCAACUUCAAGUGCAACGCCGUCAAAGAAAUGUCUGCCCAUAAGGCGUCGGAGCACGGGUCUGGCGCGGCGUCGCGGGCGCGGGGCGCGGGGCGGAGCGGGGGCGCGCCGCUGCAGUGCGCGCGCUGUCCCUUCCGCGCCUCCGUGCACUCGCAGUUAAUGAAACACGUACAAGAGAAACACAUGAAGGAAGCAAUAUCAGUGUCGUGCAGCGGCGGGGCCAACGAGGACGGUGACGAGGACGCGGACAGCGCGGACGUGCUGGUGUGCGGCGCGUGCGGCUACGAGUCCAGCGCCAAGCACGACUUCCGCAGGCACAUCAUGCUCGAGCAUGGCGCGUCUGCAUGCUGAACUUCAACUUCCAAAUAGAUGUAAAUACUGCGAUGGUGUGAAGUGUUCCUGUUACACGGGGCCUGCACGAGGGUCGAGGAUAAUAAAUGUACAUAUUCAAUAUUUAAAA